GGCAUCAGGCGGGCCACGGGAAAAAUAAACCCGGGGGACCUUGACGUUUGAAAUUCGAAUUUUGAAUGACAGGAGCGACUAUGACAACGACGUGCGGCUGGCGACGUGAAGAUGGUGUAGUGCUGAAACGGGCUCAAUGGCACCGUCCCUUCCGCCCACCGCCCGUUGUGAGUGCAUUGGCAUCGUUCAGUGCGUCCAUCGUCGUCGACCUUCUUCCACAUCGAGUGCGUCGUCAAACACAUUUUCGUCGGGAGGACCGGAUCCAAAGAAAGGCAGCAGCUUCGUCGGACGUCUUCGGCUUGUUCAUUGGGUGUGGAAGGACGACACAUACGACAGUGGAGAGACAAAUCCGGCUGGAGGUCGCGGCUAUGGAGGGCGGCAAAGAGGGUGGACGUGCGUUGUUGACAUCGCUUGAGCGGGUGGCCGUGUCGAUCGUUGUUCUUCGAUGUCAGCAGGAGAGGGUGCUGGAACGAAUGAAGGAGCAGUUGCGCGCGCGUAGAAGAAGGACAUUGACGCAAGCUCCGGAUGAUGGCCCCAACUAUGUGGCGACCUCGAAGGUUGUCAUUCAGUUGUGCUACGCGUUGGGUUGCGGAGUAAUUCUGCGAGCGACACUGAGGUGGUCGAUGAAGCGCAGGACUGGAGGCACGUGGGAAGAUCUUAGACAAUGGGACAACGCGACAGACUACUACUUCUGGGAGAAGCUACGCAUGUCGCCACGAGUGUUCCGGGAAAUCAUGGAGGCAUGUGCGCCUCAUCUUCAACGGCGGGUGACGUUCUACAGAGAGCCUUUGCAGCCAGGCCAGAUUGUGGCGUACACACUAUACAGGUGGGCGUCGGGGAAGACAUACGAGAGCAGCACGUGCAACUUCAGAAUUGGCAGAGCUUCUGGCCUGGUUGUCGUCUGUGACGUGACGAUCACGCUGCUCCGGGUGUACGGAGAGAAGAUUACCUGGCCGACAGGAGUUCGCAAACUAGGCGUUCUACGGGCGUUCGUUGAUAAAGGGUUCCCCAAUUGCCAUGGUUGCAUUGACUGCACUCACAUCUACGUGGACAAGCCAGCGAACGCUCCGAGCAAAAACUACUACGACAAGAAGCGGCGUUUCUCCAUCGUCGCGCAGGUUGUCAUCGACCUCGACUUGCGUGUACUCGAUGUGCACAUGGGAUACCCGGGUAGCUGCCACGACAUCAGGGUGCUCCAGUUGUCCAGCCUGUUGAAGCGCGCGGUAUCGCGGUCGUUGUUUCGUGGUCCCCCUGUGACACUCCCGUUGGGGGUGCGAACGAAUGGCUACGUUUUGGCAGACAAUGGCUAUCCCCCUUCGGAAUGGAUGGUUGUCUCGUAUGGCGGCGUCAAUCAGCAUGUCUACAAGGAGCGGUUUGACAACAAGCAGAAGGUGGCGAGGGGAGCGGUGGAGAGGGGGUUCGGCUGGCUGAAGGGCAUGUGGCGGUUGUUUCUGCGGACGCACAAGACGAACUUGGACACGCUCCCUCGGCAGUUCACUGUCGUCUAUAUACUGCACAACGUUCUGAUCGACGCUGGAAUUCCAUUCGACGAAAAUCUGCUAUGGGAGGUGGACGCUAAUGUGCUGCUUGGAGGUGAAGGGCCGCUGGAGCUCAGCCUGGCUAUGAGGGAAAGGGAGGCAGCGGCAGCAACCAGAGCUGCCAACAUUGCUGAUCAGGUGGCUCUCCUUCGGAUCCCGGAAGCCAAUGCUGACCGGUUCCAGGAAGGACUAGCUGUUGUCGUAGCAGCCUUGGUUCGACUGCGGACCUUGGAAGACCUUGAGUCCCGCGUAACAGCGCUGGAGCAGCGGAACGAAGAGCUUCAGGUUGAGAUAAUCAGCCUCAAACAGUCCCAACUGUCUGCCCCCCGCCCUCCUAACCCUCGACCCGCUGCAGUCCCAGUCUCUCAAUCCAAUACAGUCCUCAUGGCAAGGGCAAGUGGAACUGUGACGAGCGCAGGAUCCAGUGCCAGCUCCUCGAGCGGCAGCGCCGACAGUUCUGCACUGGUCAUAGUCCCAAAUGCGGGGACAUCAGCCCAAAACGCCAUAGUCCCUACUAGUGUUCAGUACAGCGGUCCCAUGGUGGACAAGCGGGCGGCCACUUUGUCGUCCAAGUACGACGGGAAGACAGACGUUACCUCUUGGAUUAGUUCCAUGCGGUCAUACUUCGAGGUUAUGCGGACACCGCAGGAGGACCGAAGUAUGAUCAUGGGGACUAAUACCGAGCCCGCCGUACGGAAUCACAUUGAGCUCCAAGCUGUUGCUGCAGGCUAUGAACGAAUAGACCUGACUGAAUGGCUGAAGACUGCAGGGAAACAAGCAAAGGGCGUAGAGGAGUUAUCAGCACUCCCUACAACAGGGGAAGCUGGAACAUCAGUUGCAGGCCCCUCCGAUGAGUCUGAAUCUAAUCAACAGCCCACUCUUGAAGCCCGAAACGACGCUGAAUCCAAGGCUGCUGCAAUUCAUGUGUUAUACACAGAGCCUUGGGAGGAGUCUAAGGAAGUUGACUUCCAUGCCCACAUGGAACACUGGCUGCAGCUCAAGCAGCAACGCCGUGUUCAAGGGAGUGUGGAACUAACCUUCUUUAAACUGCUCAUUAACCGCCGAUACAUCCGCGUGCUGAUUGAUAGUGGUUCAACCACUAACUUCUUUUCUCCUAACGGGAUUCGUAAGGCUGGCGUGGGAAUGAAGCAAGUGGAACUGCAUAACCCUUGUCAGACCCAGGUGGGCAACCAAGAGGUUGUCACCUCUACACAUGCUGUCAAAGGUGUGCGCGUCACCUUUGACAGGGACCGCACUGUCACACAUGAGCUCAACUUCUAUGUCAUGGACAAAUGUCCGUUCGACGCGGUCAUUGGCUUGGGCUGGUUAAAGGCUCAUUGCCUAAGGACCACGUGGGCGGACAAUCAGUUCGUGGUGCGUGAUAACAAGGGGAACGAGCGUACCGUCCUAUUGGAUGAGACGCGCGAGUCCCCUUUGACUCUUCUAAGUGCAACCAAAUUCUGCAAAUCAGUGCGCAGGCACAAGGAAAUUGAGCAUGUACAUGUAGCUUUUGUAAAGCCUCUCCAUGUGCCUUCUACUUUUGCUGCAUUUUCUACCUCGGUAUGUCAGAGAACCAAGGUCCACAGGCAUAAGCCUUAUGGCCUGCUAAGACCCCUCCCCAUUCCUGAUGGACCCGGUGAAUCGAUCUCCAUCGACUUCACGGACAUGGGAAAGGUGAGUGAAGCAGGGAAUUCACAGGUCAUGGUCAUAGUGGAUCAUUUCUCCAAAUUUCUGAAUCUGAUUCCUUUCCCUUCCCAUGCACCAACCGAGCUUGUCAUCGAAGAGUUCCAUCAGCAGUAUAUUCUGCAGUAUGGCCAACCGAAAACCAUCGUGAGUGAUCGGGACACCCGAUUCAUUAGUAAAGAUUGGAAGGACUUCACCUCUCAAAUAUAUGACAUUAAAUUGAACAGGACUUCUGGUCGACACCCCGAAGCCAAUGGAUUGGCCGAGGAGAUCAACCAGACUAUCAUCCAACUACUUCGCGCAUUGAUUGUUCCAGAUCAGAACACGUGGGACAAGGAGCUGCACAAAGUAAAGGGGUUGUAUAACAACUUCAUUCACUCUGCAACUGGCGUGACACCAAACCAGUUGCAAUAUGGAUGGCCGAUGCGUAAACCCCUCUCCUAUCUGUUCCCUGAAAGGUCACCUGGUCUGACGCCUGGUAUGCCUGGCUACAAUGCCAAAUACGCACGCUUGCUCAAAGCUAUUAUUGCAGCCAUGAACAAGCGCCAGCAUGCCAUGAUCAAACAUGCUAACAAGUUGCGCAAAGAAGAAAAAUUCAAAGUAGGGGAUUAUGUUUGGGUUAAAAUGUCUGAGUUUUCUGAUGAAGAGGGCAUAUCACGAAAACUCAUUCCAUUGUACUAUGGCCCUUGGCAGAUUCUGAAGGUGGUUGGGGAUGAUUUUGGUCCUUCAUAUGUGAUUGACGUGCCUCCUCAUCCGCGCACGUAUCCGGUCUUUCAUGCGUCCAAACUGUUUCCACAUAUUGAUGAUGAGAUGUUUCCCUACCGAGACCCUAUGAUACCUCGCCCUAUUGACGGCGACCAUGAGAUAGACAGAAUCGUGUCUCACGAGGGAAGAGGGAGGAACAGACAGUACAAGGUUCACUUCCUCUAUCACCCGUUGACUGAAUUCUUCUGGAUCGACCGAAAAGAGCUGUUGAAGAGUGCUCCUUGUGUUGUGAACGCUUAUGAACGACAAAUCGCUGAGGGACAGACUGCUAAAUUUGUUGCCAAAAUGACUCCUCACGGACUUACUAAGUCUCUCUUUCUGAUUUACUCCUACGAUGCAUUUUGUGCCAACUCUGAAUGAGUUACUCGCUCGAAGGGACCUCGCUCUUGAGAGGGGGGUAAUGUAAUGACCCGCCAAAAACACAGACUGAGAACACUGCUGAUUUCUGGGAUUUGCUGCUGGAAUGAAUGCCUUGUUGAAAU